AUGGUGUCUCUUGCUGAGCUCAGUGGGAAGCUUGGCCAAUUUAUUGGCACAAGUGACGCUGUUACCAAAGCAAUUAAUGAUGGUAUUGACAGCAUUAUUAACAGUGAUGAUGACUUCAAAAGCCUUAGAAACUCUUCGUCUUCGCCUGUGCAGUCUUCUGCUCCCGUGUCUGCUGUGUCCAUAAAUGAAAAGAUGCUUGAGAAGGAAAUUAAGCGUUAUGAAGACCUUAAAAGGCCUCUAGAAGAUAGACAAAAUAACAAAAAUCCUCCCCUCUCCUCUGAAGAGUCUCGCCUUUUAUCCUCUCAUCAGUCCAAGUUGGAUGCUCUUCAGAAGCUGAAGAGCCUUAAUGAGUCAUUUGAAUCUCUUAAAAGUCAACAAGAUGAUAACUGUAAAAACCUUUUAAAAAACCUUUGUGGAGGCCUCGAAAAUUUUCUCGGCUACGAGAAUGGUAAUUACACCGGAGAGGGAAUCGUGUACUCGGACCUUGACAGGCUGUGCGACGGGGUGAUGGCGUUUUUGCAUGGUGUUUUAAAUGAAGUUCAUACAAAUGAUAAUCUUCAAAAAUAUAAUACUCCUUUAACUGUGCCACUUCAAAAAAUUACUGAAGCUCUCUAUAAUAGAAAAAAUUUUGAUAGUAGUAUUCGCGUUGUGAGCGAUGGGAUUAAGCAGUGGGUGAGGGGGGUGGAUGAAAAGCAUAGAGAGGUGAUGAGGCCGUUGGAAGAGCUUAAGGAAUCGUUAAGUGGGCAUAUGGAGACGGAGAUGAAUGACAUUUCUAUUACAGAUCAGUUGUUGACUUGGCAGGGAUUUGCUGGACUUUACCUCCAAAAGGCUCUGCAAUCGGAAAGAGCUUUAAGGGAUAUUGAUGAUGGCCUGAGUAGGAAAAUAGCGUGUAAAAUAGAGUUGUUAAAACAGGUGAUGCAGAAUUUUUGGGAUGCGGUGAAUAAUGAUGACGUGAAAAAUUCCGUAAAUGAGUUGAGUGAGAAAUUUACUCGUCAACGCAGAGAAGUGAAUGAGCAUAUUGCGUUAAAAAUAAGUGAAAUGCAACAAGCGUUAAAACAGAAUUUUGAAGCUAUCAGUCAAAAAAUCGAAAAUGUAAAACAGGAAAAAGAUAAGCAUCUUAAGUAUAUUACAAGCGCCGUGCAAUCGGCCAAGAAGUUGGCUAAGGAAUUACUGAGCGAGGAGGCAAAUGGAUUUGAAAAGGGUUACAAGGAAAAGAUUUCCGAAAAGUUCAGUGUAAUUAAAACUGCUAUAGAGACGUUUGCUAAGGAGGGUUCCGAGAGCACAGAGCUUCUGAAGCAAUUUGGAAUUGUUAGUCGGCACGUUACCGAUCUGUCUUCAACUCUGCAGGGGGAUUUGAAUGGUUUAAAGCAGAGGAUUAAUGAACUUGCCGCAGGUGUGGAAAAUGAUAAGGCUGGCGGUAAUGGCCUUGUAAGUAGUCAUUUGGCGGAGCUUCAGACGGCGAUGGCGACUCUAGGUAGUACUACGAUCGAAAAAAUCAAGGAAGCUUCACAAGGUUUGGCAGCUCACUACGAGUCUGGAGUGAAGGAAAAUUUUAAUAUACUUCCUGAUAAUUUCGCAGGCCUUAAAAAUGCCAUCUACGGAAAGGGAGGAACAUCCGCUAAACCCGCGGAGCAAUCUCUUGCACAUUUCAUCAACGACUUAACGAGUAAGAUUGAAGGAGACGGUAAAGUUGCGGGCCUUAACGCCGCCGUCAAAGAGUUCAACAAUGCCGCCGUUGAAGAAAUACAAAACGCAGCCAAGACGGCGAUUACAGAGGCGGUUAAGAAGUUCACAAUGAAGAAAGAUCGUGAUUCUGAAAUUGAUGUAGAACAAUUAAUGAAGCUCUUUGAGGCGUCCAGAAUGGAACUUAGCGCAGCCGUUCAAAAAAUCCAGGUGGAGCUUAAUGACCUUAAGAAGCUUCCCGAAGCCGUCAACAGUGAGAAAGAAAGCGCCGGUGCGUACAUGGCCGAAUUGAAACAGAGGAUCGAGAGUAUUCAAUCCCGAAUUCAGGGAAUCGACAGGCCUAUCGGGACCGCCACUAGUGUCAUACAGGCGGCCAUCUCACUGCUAGAAAUAUCAAUAAAAGACGCUGAAAGUAAUGCCCAGGUUGUCACGUCAGCUCUCCGAAUAGAUUUGCAAAAACGAGUAGGUCAGGCAUUUGACGACUUGGAUGAACACGUCCAAAAAAUGUUCGAUGCCCAGAAGAAAGCUGAAUUAAAGGCUCUCUCAACAUCUGUGUCAUCGCAAAUUCCUAAGAUCCAAGACUCAAUUGACGACGACAUGGAUGCAGGCCUGAAAGGCCUGAUGAACAAGCUGAAAGCUGUAUUUCCCAGUCUGACGAAUUCGGCCAAAGAUCUACAAACCGCUGCCAACAGAGUAAAAAGCUUUUAUGACAAAUUCCUCAACGCUUUAAAUGAGCAGUCCGAUUUAACCACUGACGCAAAUAGAAUCACAACACUGCAAGAUGCCCUGCUCCAAGUCCUCUCCACAAUGAACACCAAACAACACUUCCACCAGGAAGUCUCCGACAAAAUCGACGCGCUCAACACAGCACUGCACAACUUCACCCCCAAGGAAUUCGCCGACGCCUCUCCCCUGCUCAACGUCAUAAGGCGCGGCGUCGCGAAGCUCCACGAGGAGCUACGCAAGCAGUACGUCAGCAGGUACUCGGGAGCUGCGGAGGGCUUUGAGUGGCAAACUCAGAAAAAAGAGCCGUCGGAAAUGGCAAUGAAAUGCGCCAAGGUUUUUAUGACCUGCGUGCAAAUGUUGUUGGACAACCUCAGUGAGCUCAAGGACAAUUGCACCAAUGGAGGCAGUUGGGGCAAGAAACAAAUUAACCGCACUACCCAUCUGGGAAAUUUCCUGCAGUCGGUUGGUUACGGCGUCGCCACCAGCGACAAGAAUCAGAACGGCGAACUGCGGAAUUGCUCCAAGAUGAGGGGUGAGCAUAUUCAUAAGAAGCUUGCUGACAUCAUAUACAUAGAUUCAUCCACGCAUGUUCCACAGUGUAAGCCAAAAGGUAAAGAAAAUAACUUUGACAUAAUAGAUUUUAUUCAAUGUAUUAUGCAACAUGUUCAUGAAUACUACCGUGUAUGUCACUACUCCACAUUGUCCUCCACCAAGCACCCGACCACCGUCAACCAGAUGCUCCGGUGGCUGAGUGGCCUGCCGUAUACUGCGGUGUACAAUGACAUAUCUUUCAACGGCUUCGAAGAGCUGUUAAAGCAAUAUCAGGAGAAAGACUCCGACACAGCUGUAGCAGCCGCAAAGGCAGAAGGUGAGGAGGAGUUCACAGUUUCUGACCUUAACGCACUAUCCUUGUCAGCUUAUCCACAUGAUAUCACAGUUGACAAACUAACAGACACGCUCCAAGAAGUAUGUCAGUAUUCCCACGGCGUGCUCGUCGCCAUACUUGGCAAUGGUCACGAGGAUGGUACAUAUGCUUGCGACUACAACGCAAACUCAGAUAAAUUAAUGUACCCCUCUAAAGCCGGCGCCUGCAUUCAGAUGCUCACCGAGGUACUGUGCAGAGUGCAUCACCAGUUGUACUUCCUGUUUAAUCAGUGUUACUACACCACUCAAUAUGGCGGCUGGCGUGAGUGCUGGUACGGCAAGGGAGUCGCCGGGUCAGGCUGGCAGUGCAAUGAGAUGCAGUGUCCCAACCAACAAGGUGACCAAAAGGCCGACCAAAUGCACAACCAAACACAUAGGCAAAUAUGUAAGCAAAAGUGUGACCAAAGUGUUAGUUGCGGCCUUAAGUCGCCGUUGCAAUCCUUCUUAGAGGACGGGCUGCAAGGUUUUUUGCCACAUACCCUUACCAAGCUAGGAUGCGGAGCGGAAUGCUCUGUUGGUAAGCACAGGGGUUUACCGUGUAAAACGCCUAUGGGUUUUAACAAUAUCGGCACAUUGGCGUCACAAAGUAGAACCGGCGAGCACAUCAAAAAUGUGCUCCACGAAUUUUGUGGCAAACCGUAUAAGCCGCUCAGCCAAAUGUGUAACUACCUAGUAUGUCUAUUACCUAGUGCGCCGGCAACGCUUGGUGACAUGUUUGGAUUUUACUAUAAUUUACUUAAUGACACGAAUAAGAGCAAUAAACAUAGGAUAGAUGCCUUCAACAAUGCUGUGACAAGUGCCAACUUCGAGGAGCCGACAACUCUGGACAUCACUCCGCUAUUCAAGAGCAGCGAACAUACUAUUCCCAAGCCUCCGGACCAGAAGAAUAGUCAUCUCACCGGUGAUCUCUAUUCUCUGGUGGAGUGCAAGCAUAAGUCGAAGCCAUUUGCCGGACAUCCCUGCGGUCCUUACUUGCGACCGCUUUGCCGAGACGUAUGUGUAACGUUCUCAGUGAAACACGCAGCCAAAUAUCUCUCAUGGGUUGUGUACACUACCGAAACGUUUCACUCUUUACUGAAGAAAUUGUAUGAUGAGUGCAACGGUAAUUGCGGCGCUGAGCAACCGAAGUGCCGUGUUACCAAGUGCAGUAAGGAAUGCACAGCGAACAAACUUCCCGCCGGUGCAGACUCCAAGCACAAUGAGUCAUGUGGUUCCAUUGUGAAGUGUCAAUAUACGCUUCCGACCCUGUUCAAGUUUGGGUUUGUACAUGAGAACAUUGAGAUGCUUUCUGACAACUCAAGUAAGCGGACGUGCAAGGAUCUUUGUACGGCAUUGAGCAACGCUAUAAACGAGAAAGAGAAUGAGAAUUCCCGAUUACCUAUGCAAAAUCAGAUGGCCAUUCAUGCUAACGUUACUCACCCUCUGGUCCCUCUCUUUGCUCUACCUGCUGCACAUCACCGUCGUCCGCCUCGACGUCCUGAGGAUACGCUCCCACCUGAGAUCACCCUCGUCGCACCGCAUCGCCGCGCAGUCGCUACUCGCCGCCGCACGCGUCAAGGCACUCGCCAACGUCAAGUACUUCUCACCAUAAGAGUGCCUUCACGUGUGAUCUGUGUAUCACCCACUCACUCACCUAAUCACUCAACCACUCACCCACCCACUCAACCACUCACCCACUCAACCACUCACCCACUCAACCACUCAACUACCCACUCAACCACUCACCCACCCACUCAACCACCCACUCAACCACCCACUCAACCACCCACUCACCCACUCAACCACUCACUCACCUAA